AUGGAUGAUUUGACGUUACUUGAUCUCCUGGAGUGCCCCGUGUGCUUGGAAAAGCUCGAUGUCACAGCCAAAGUCCUCCCUUGCCAGCACACCUUCUGCAAACCAUGUCUCCAGAGGAUCUCCAAGGCCCACAAGGGGCUGCGCUGCCCCGAAUGCAGAACCCUGGUGUUUGGCAGCAUCGAGGCGCUGCCGGCCAACCUGCUGCUCGUGCGCCUUCUGGACGGCGUGCGCUCGGGGCCGAGCUCCGGGAGAGGGGGCUCCUUCCGCAGGCCUGGCGUGCUGGCCUUGCAGGACGGCAGGAAGAGCAGGACUCACCCCAGAGGUCUGCAGGCCAGCCCGUUCCGACUCGUGCCCAACAUCAGAAUCCACAUGGAUGGGGUGCCUCGAGCAAAGGCCUUAUGCAACUACCGAGGGCAGAAUCCUGGUGACCUGAGGUUUAAUAAGGGCGAUGUCAUUCUCCUUCGGAGACAGCUGGACGAGAACUGGUACCAGGGGGAGAUCAAUGGAGUGAGUGGGUUCUUCCCGGCCAGCUCUGUGGAGGUCAUCAAGCAGCUGCCCCAGCCACCCCCACUUUGCCGGGCCCUCUACAACUUCGACCUACGAAAUAAGGACAAGAGUGACAACCAGGACUGCCUGACCUUCCUCAAGGAUGAUAUCAUCACUGUGAUCAGCCGAGUGGAUGAGAACUGGGCAGAAGGAAAGUUAGGAGACAAAAUCGGCAUCUUCCCAAUCUUGUUUGUUGAGCCAAACCUCACCGCGAGACACCUGCUAGAGAAGAACAAAGGCCACCACCCGUCUCGCACAAAAAGCCUGUCCCUGGUGUCCUCCUCCAGAGGCAAAGCCACCAACACGCCCAGCCUCCGGAGGGGCCCUGGGUCCAGGAGGAAGGGGCCCGGGCAGCUCUCCAUCACGACAGCCUUGAACACCCUCAACAGGAUGGUCCAUUCUCCCUCGGGGCGCCAUAUGGUGGAGAUCAGCACCCCAGUGCUUAUCAGCUCUAGCAACCCCUCUGUGAUCAGCCAGCACGUGGAGAAAGCAGAUGUUCUUCCCAGUUCUUUGGGACAGGUCAGCAUGUAUCACGCCACACCUGCCUCCCCAGGACAUUCCAUGGCCAUCGUCAGUCUGCCUGGCUCCCAGCAACACCUCUCAGCUAACAUGUUUGUAGCUCUGCACUCCUACUCCGCCCACGGACCCGAUGAGCUGGACCUGCAGAGAGGAGAAGGCAUCAGGGUCCUGGGGAAGUACCAGGACGGCUGGCUCAAGGGAGUCUCCUUGGUCACCGGGCGAGUCGGCAUCUUCCCCAACAACUACGUCAUCCCCAUUUUCAGAAAGACAUCUAGUUUUCCAGACGCCCGGAGCCCUGGUCUCUACGCCACAUGGACAUUGUCGACCUCCUCUGUGUCCUCCCAAGGCAGCAUUUCAGAAGGUGAUCCCCGACAAAGCCGCCCCUUCAAGUCCGUCUUUGUGCCCACGGCCAUAGUCAACCCCGUGCGGAGCACAGCCAGCCUGGGCGCUCCAGGACAGAGCACUCUCCGGAAAGGGCGGGGCAGCAUGAGAAAGAGUAAGUGGUGGCAGAGAAAUGGAUCCCUGCAGAGACCCAUCCCGUCAGGGAUCCCCACCCUUGUGGUGGGCUCUCUCAGACGCAGCCCCACCAUGGUCGUCCGGCCUCAGCAGUUCCAGUUCCACCAGCCACAGGCGGUCCCCUCCUCACCCUUGAUGGUGGUGGCGGAGAUGGGACCCAAGCCGGCUCCCACGGGGGAGCCUGCCCUCACGUGCGUCAGCAGAGGCAGUGAGUCCAGGAUCCACUCAACCGCCAGCUCCAUCAUCAUGGAAGGCAAGGAAAUCCCCAUCAAGAGCGAGCCUCCACUCAAACCGCCCGCAUCUGCCCCGCCAUCCAUCCUGGUGAAGCCAGAAAACUCCAGAAACAGCAGCGAAAAGCAAGUCAAGACCGUGAGAUUUCAGAAUUACAGCCCUCCUCCCACCAAACACAGCACCUCCGGGAAGCCUGAACAUCCCGCCACCCCCAAGGGGUCCCAGCCUGAAGCCAGCCCCUUGGGCCCGGAGAUGACCAUCCUAUUCGCCCACCGCAGCGGCUGCCAUUCCGGACAGCAGACAGACCCCCGGAGGAAGUCAGCUUUCAGCAAGACCGUGGCCCCAGUGUCCUCCGCCUCCGCCACACAGACCAUGUUUCCCAGCAAAUGAAUCUACGGGUGGCUUUUCCUAGACCCCAAAGAGACCCUGCCUUGGUAAUCUUCCCGGGAGGAGCUAGCAACAACGGGGACACUGACGAGAACCAACGAUCUGAUUGGAUGGAAACUGCUCAAUGGAGAGUUUGUGGACCAUGUGAUAGAUAUUGCUUGGACUUCGGGGAUGGUACAGGACUACCAACAGGCUGGCCUCCAAGACAGAGGGUAAUCGUGGGCCAGGGUAGAGAAAAGCAAGCAGGUCGUGUGCUGUCUCAGGUUACACCAGACUCCCAUCCCUCCUGUUACUUCGUUCUGUUGUCAAAGCCAAACUUGAUCUUGGCGGUUUCUCACCUCAGCACCGACCUGACAAAUGAAACGCCCUCAGCUCUGUGGCUGGCCGGUCUCAGCUCGGAUUCAGAGCAGCGCAGGGGGAACAUAAUGUCCUGCUGGCGGGUGUUCGGGCUGGAGAGGGCGAUGCUUCUACAGUGUUCCCGUCCUUCACCCCUCAACUCCUGCCCGAGCUCCUGCAUCCCUCUGCCGCGUCCCCAUCCUUUCCAUUCCAGUUCCAUCCUGUCUCCCCCCGCCCCCGACACUGAACAUCCUGACCAAGGAAACAGGACUUGGCACUUAAAGAAUCUCAGGCAAGAAAAAGCCAUGAUGUUGUGAGAGAUACGCCACAGACUGCAAUGCUCUCAGAGAGGCUAUUUCAAGUCUAAAGAUAUAAAAAUGCAUUAUUUGGGGUCCAGAAGUAAGUCACCUUAAAGGACAAGUCAUUAGAAGAUAGUCCAUCCCUGGUUUUAAAUAAUUGUCAUUUUAGCCCUGGCCAGAGUUGUUCAGUGGUUAGAGUAUCGCACCAGGGUUGUGGGUUUGAUUCCUGGUCAAGGGCACAUACCUGGGUUGCAGGUUUGAUUCCCAGCCUCGGUCGAGGCUCAUGGGGGAGGCAACCAAUGGAUGUGUCUCUCUCACAUUAGUGUUUCUCUCUCUCUCUCUCUAUCCCUCUCUCUCCCCCCCCCACUUCCCUCCCCCCUUCCACUCUCUCUAAAAAUCAAUGGGGAAAAUAUCCUCAUGUGAGGAUUAACAACAACAAAAAAUUGUAAUUUUAAAUUAUCCGUGCUAACACAGAUAAAUGCAACUCACAAAUACGCCGGGACUCUCUGAGACAUACACUUUCAUCUUCUCCCUUAAGACUUCAAUAGGAAUUUUAUUUUUAAAAGCACGUGUUUUGGUUACCAAAGACCAUGACAGGAAGGCAGCAUCAUUUGGAUAUGUUGGCUAUUUUAAAGUUCAGCAUCAUAACCUGGCACCGACGCAUCCUGUCUUCCACCCAGGCCUGCUCGCAAGCAGCAGCAAACAGCAGCCCAGCCUUGAGAGAGUAAGGAUUGCAUUUUGUGGUCACAGAAAUGUUUUCUUCCACGUGAAGCUGGCACCUAUUCCCCUCACGGGAUGAGUAACUUAACCACACCCUUCUCUCGGUUAACCUUAGGGGCAACAAGAAGCCCCAAACGAUUGGCUUUAUCUGCCAGGCGGUGAGUGAGAAAGCAGGCGGUAUAACGAGGCCGCAGACAGGGUCACUCAGUGAUGACAUCUCACAUGUGGUCGAUGAUGGUGCUGCCAACUGUCAGUCAACCCUUCUCUCUGACCCACUGGGACUAAAGCACUAGUUCCAUCUCCUCCGGGAUGAAUUCGGGUUUUCUAGGCUCAGCAGCAAUAAGUACAGAAAUGCUGCCUUCAGAUUCUUCCGCGAGGCGUUGCAGCCUACCUAGAAACAGGUUGCCACGACUUCAUUCUCCAGGGUAAAUCCAGAACGUCAGUGUUGCAAGGAAUUUUGCUUUUAUGGAUGAUGUACGGAAAGGUUAAGUAAAGGCUAUGCCCGCACAUAAGCAAGUUCUAUAACCCGGGGGAGACAGCGUCACUUCUAAUCCCCAGAAGCCUUUAGCCCUCCCUGGCUAGUGCAGCCUUGUCCCCAGGCCUUGGUGCAGGCUGCCUUCCCUCCGUGGCGUCUCCCUCUCCUGUUUAGAGCAACUGGAAACCACCACUCUCCCUCUCACACUGGCUGGGUGUUAAGUCUCUGGGAACUUUCUAGAGUUUAGGAUGGAAAGUUCCCCUUGCACCUGCAUCAUCAAUCAACCAAAUAUUUUUAAAAAAACACAAAAUGAAGACUCUGAUUUCUUCCCAGCCAGACCCAGAAGCUUAAGGGAAAAGCUCCUCUGUAUCCUAACAUUUUCACCUCCAGACUGUCAGUUCCAGGACUAUAGAUUCCCAGGAGUCAGGAGUCAAAAGGUGGGGGAGGUGCUGGGGCGGCAGGCAAGGGUGCAUUAUCAUGAUUGGAAGGAGGGCAGCCCAUGCCCUGGCCGGUGUGGCUCGGUUGGUUGGUCAGGACACAUGCCCAGGUUUCCAGUUCAAUCCCUGGUCAGAGUGUGUGUGGAAGGCAGCUGAUCAAUGUUACUCCCUCACACGGAUGUUUCUCACUCUCUCUCCUUCUCCCUUCCAUUCUUUCUAAAAUCAAUAAAAACAUAUUUAAUAACUAGAAUGAGGUCAGCCCUGAAGUUUACCCCAGAAUAGUGUGCUAACCAUGAAGUCUGAGUUUCACCUUUUGGAAUUGUUGCUUCUUACUACUAUGCAUUGGGUCAGUGGGGAGAAGGUGUUUAGGGGGGAAAAGAAAAGGGAUAAAAAUUCGCUCCUCCAUGGAAAUAUAAGCAGAAAAGCUCUAGACUUUGUGUCUCUGCUUCCUUUUUUAAGUACAAUGUUUUUAAUAGACCAAAAGAGAAUCUUUGUGAGGAAAUAUGUGUGCGAAUAAUGUU